GUGGGUGCCGGCUACCCACAGUGACCGGCUGGGGCGCCCGGCGGCCCCUAAAAGGCCGUCGGUCGGCCGGCGCCGCACUACACGGGGCCUGUCGCGUCCACUGACCGCACGGCCACCAUGGUGUCUCCACGGAUUCUGCUGGCCUGGGCCGCCGUCGGCAUCGCCGUUCUAAGCUCGCCGACUCUGUGCGCGCCGGUGCCGCCUCCCUGCGACCUCAAAAUCAAGUCCAAGGUGGGUCAGGCAGCGGUCACCAAGGGCGGCGCUGCGGUCUCCACCACCGGCUCCAGCGGCGGCACUGGCACCGUCCACUGCGUGGUCGUCGGGCCCAACAAGAUCGUGAAGAAGGCGGCCGUCGGUAACACGGGGGUGACCGGCGCCGGAGCUACCGCCGGCGACGGCAUCCUGACAAAUCUGGUCAAAGGUGUCACAGAGGUGAAAACUACCAAAGACGGCACUAAGGUGAAGACCAAGACGGCUGGCAAAGCCGGCACCGGUGGAACGGCCACCAUCGUCCAGGGCGCAGACGCCAACGGAGGCGUCACAGAAAAGUCAAUCAAGGUCGACCACUUCCUGACCGAUGACUUUGAGGUGAUCAAGAUCAAGGAGAAGAAGCAGGGCACGGCCACCUCCUCUAGCGGCCACAAGGGCUCCGGAAUCGGUGACAGUCUGCUGAAGGUGGUCAACGAGGCCGAGACCGAACUCAAGCUGAAGGGACUGAAGCUGGAUUAGGGCACUGGGAGCAGAUGAUCGGGAGAAUUCGUCUCCAUCUGUCCUGACGCAGGGACCUACGAUGCAGGGCAUUGGCCAAAGCUAACCACCAACAGAUGGCUUAGGGUGUGAAGAACAAGUGCCAAGCACAUUGCUGUGGCACUUCGGUGUCUGAUUUUUCAAAGCUGAUACAGCUUAUUUUCUGAUCGAGAAUGGUCACUGAUGAACUUCAUCUGUAGAUGCAUGUGAUGUUGAUUAAGUAUUUUUACGCGUACAAUAUACCGCAAUAUGUAUAUUGCACUGUCUCAAAUAAAGUCAAAUGCCAUCUUU